AUGUGCAGUGAAAACAUUUUGUUUACUUUCUGUGGAUUUGAUGCGGAACAAUUUAACAAAACAUUACUGCCAGUAAUAUUGGGACAUGAGCCAGCUGGUACAUCAACGAAAACAGUUAUUCAUUAUGCUCAAGAAAUUCAUUCUGGUAAAUUUCAGAAUUUCGAUUAUGGAGAAACAAAAAAUUUAGCUAAAUACAAUUCAUCAAUGCCUCCAUCUUAUGAUUUAUCAAAAAUAAAUAUUCCAAUUGCAUUUUUUUAUUCAGAUAAUGAUUGGCUGGCCUCACCUCUUGAUGUCAAAAGACUUUGGACAAAAAUACCAAACAAAAUUAACAUAACGAGAGUUAAUUUUACAAAAUUUACUCAUCUUGAUUUUCUUUGGGGAAUUGAUGCGUCUAGUUUAGUUUAUAAUAAAUUAAUUACAAUGAUCAAAGAGCAUUGCUGA